UUAGCAACAGAACGUUGACGCAAACCGCAGUUAAAGAUCCAAACGUUCAUUUCAAAAUUCAAUCGACCAACGGUUGUUAAAAGAACAGUGAAGAGUAUGAUGGAAGUCGAAGGAGCCGAUGGUUCAAAAUUGGCGCUAAAAUCCGGUUCCAAGACCAUAUUCGGAAGAGGUUUGGGGUUCAACACCAGCGACCGGAUCGUGUCUCGCCGUCACAUUUUACUCGAGCUCGAAACUCCGGUGGACAAUAAAGGUGAGACUCAAAAGGCGCCUAGGGUUUCAUUCGAAGUUACAGGCAAGAACCCGAUUUGGGUACGGAGCAGAACAAAAGGAGCGAUUAAGGUUUUCAAAAAAUCCGAGAAAGGUGAGCUGGCAGAUGGCGAUUGGUUCUGCGUUUCGGGUCGAAUCCCUGUUUGGUUUGUAUUGAAGAGGAGUGAAGAAAAUGGAAAAGAAGAAGAAGAAACAGAUUUGGGGAGUGAUAAUGGAGCAGAGAGUGUUGAUAUAGAAGAUAUUGACCCUGUCAAAGAAUUUGGUUUUCUUGUAAUGGGGCAUGAGUUUGAUCAAUACCCGAAUCAAAGGAUCCGUAAUAUAAAGAACUGGGACUGGUUUCUUGAGGAAUACGAAAAGGGAAAAGACAGCGAGGAUGGUGAUGAUGAAGCUGUUGAGGGAAGAAGGAGGGGAAGUAAGGGGAAAAAGAGAAGGAAAGGAGACAAUGAUGAUGACUGGACUGGUGAGAGUGAGGAUGAGAUCAAGGAGGUUACCACGAAAGGAAGAAAUGUCCGUAGAUCAGUUUAUUCUACAAGAUCAAAGGACCGUGGCAUGUUAAAGAAGGAUGGUGGAAAAAAUAGAAGUUAUGCGCAGAAGAAAACUAUUUGUGCUGGGGAAGAAGGUGGUGUAGACGAUGAUGAUGAAACACUUGGUGGCUUUAUUGUGGAGGAUGAUGAUGAUGAUUUAGAAUUAGAAGAUGAAUAUAGCGAAUUGGAUGAACAAGAGGAGGAAGAUUUUGAUGAUGAAGAUGAAGACAAUGAAGACGAUGAGUAAGUAGAUAGCUUUCCCAGUUAACCUGUUUUAACUAGCUUGAUAUCGAAGCUCUAGUUGUUGUCUGCAAAACAUGUGGUGAAAACACAUAAUGUGUAUGUAAGAACAGUUGUUUAUUUCUUGAAUCUUUUGUAAGGCUAGAUUUCAAUGAGGUAUAUAUUUUUUCUGAUAUAUAUAGUCCAUAAUUCAUUGGCCAUUUGGAUUGCUUCUUUUAGUAGUUCAGACAUGACUAGUUUUGGAUCUAAAUCAUGAUUACUAAACUGUAUGUUUCUGAAGUGCUUUGGUUUUUUAUUCACCAAUAAAAAGAACAACCAUGAUAAGAUUCGAAUACUUCGCUUCUAAGCUCUAGAUUCAAAUUCUGCUGCAAGGAAUCCUCCUUGACGGCAAUCAGUAAGUCCAAUAUAAGUCUUCUCUGAGACCUAUAAUAAGCUUCUUCUCACCCCACACUUUUUUUU